UUUGAAAACGGUGAAGGCAGCAUUCGCUCAGUGUGGUUUUGUUAGGAACUAUAUCGAUAAAAAGUCGCCGAACUCCUGGUAAACAUUUAAGUAACUGUGACAUUUUAUGGUCUAAAACGGCUAACAGCGUUUGUUCCUGGAACAAAGACAUCCGGGACAUGAGACUGCUUUAAGACGAACAGUAACUUCGGUGGUGGGCUGUGUGCCUCUUUCAGUGGAGAAUCUCUGAUGGUACUCAGCCUGCCUUUUUCAGAAACCUGCACAGAUGUUUUCGCUGGGUCAGGAAAACAUCUCCACCCACCUUAUGUCUACCAAAGGACCUGUCAAAUAUGGGGAGCUCAUCGUUCUGGGGUGUAAUGGGUCUCUACCCUGUGGAGACAAGGGGAGGCGGAAAAGCCGCUUCGCUUUGUGUCGCAAAAAUAAGGCCAACGGUGUGAAACCGAGCACUGUCCACAUGUCAUGCACACCUCAAGCUGCCAAGGCCGUCAGCAACAAGGAGCAGCACAGUAUUUCAUACACACUGUCUCGCGCACAGACAGUGGUGGUGGAGUACACUCAUGACAGCAACACAGACAUGUUCCAGAUUGGCCGUUCUACAGAGAGUCCCAUUGACUUUGUGGUUACGGAUACUGUGCCUGGAGGUCAGAACCAAGCUGACAGUCAGACACUUCAGAGCACCAUCUCCCGCUUUGCCUGCCGCAUCAUCUGCCAAAGAAACCCACCUUACUCUGCACGGAUUUACGCCGCAGGCUUUGACACGUCUAAAAACAUCUUCCUUGGGGAGAAGGCAGCCAAGUGGAGAAUGCAGGAUGGGCAGAUGGAUGCACUGACGACAAAUGGAGUUCUCGUGAUGCAUCCUCGCCACGGCUUCUGCCAGGACUCCAAACCUGGUCAAUGGAGGGAAAUCUCAGUUUGUGGGAAUGUUUUUACACUGCGGGAGACCAGAUCAGCUCAGCAGAGGGGGAAUAUGGUGGAAUCUGAGUCCAACGAGCUGGUGGAUGGGUCUCUUAUCGACCUGUGUGGUGCCACCCUGCUGUGGCGCACGGCCGAAGGACUUUCCCUCACUCCCACAGUCAAACACCUGGAGGCCCUGCGGCAGGAGCUGAAUGCUGGGCGGCCACAGUGUCCUGUGGGCUUCAACACACUGGCCUUCCCCAGCCUGCGUCGCAAGGACGUCCUGGAUGAGAAGCAGCCAUGGGCAUACCUGCGCUGCGGCCAUGUGCAUGGCUACCAUGGCUGGGGAGGGCGCUGUGAUCCCGAGGUCGAAGCAGAGUGUCAGGAGCGGGAGUGCCCCAUGUGCCGUGCGAGGGGCCCUUAUGUGCCACUGUGGCUUGGCUGCGAGCCGGGGUUCUACGUAGAUGCGGAGUCCCCUACCCAUGCCUUUGUCCCCUGUGGCCAUGUUUGUUCAGACAAAACAACUGUGUACUGGAGCCAGAUCCCGCUGCCACAUGGCACACAUGCCUUCCAUGCCGCCUGCCCAUUCUGCAUCCAGCCGCUGAGCGGGGAGACCGGCUGUGUCAAACUGAUCUUCCAAAGCCCGCUGGAUUAGGAACGACUCUUGACUCUUUAUCUGAAGCCUUAAUCAACAAAAGAGGGAUGCAAUUAUUUACAGUUUCGGAAUUUUCAUAACUUAAUUUAACUUAAUUUAGUGUGAUUUUUAUUGGGUUGAUUCUUACCUUUUAUACGGUUAUAUGGUUCAGGCACCAAAAAGGUGAAGGUUCUUCCCCAGAUACAGCUGUCUGGAAAAGCUGUGAUGAUCUUUAACUUACUUACACUUAAUUUAUUCUUUUACCUUUUUAAUGUAAUUUUGUCCUAUGAGUCAGUGCAACAUUUCCCUGCAUCUCUCUAUAGCUGAUUACCGUCUCAUACUGCAUUAAGGAGCUGAUAACAAGAUCCAGUUAAGAGUUGUGUGCAGAUGUUGGUCUGGAAGCUUAUUCAGGGGAAACACUGGAUUUUAGAUUUUUUAAAGAUUUUUUUCUUACUUCGAGUGUAAGAAUAAUUUUUGAUUUUUUUGGGGGGGAUUGUUUUUUAAACUCCAAAAUCAAGUGACCUCUUUUUUUUAAUGCAAACUCUGAACUCAAGCUAGCAAAACUGUAUCUGGGAAACUUUUUAAGCUGCUCUCCUGUGACUUGAAACAUCUAUAAGUUUAUACGUUUUUCAACUAAAGAGAUAAAUGACUUCAAAUCAGCGAUCAUUGUUUUAACAAAUUGUUUGUACAAGCAAUAAAUAUAGACUUACUUACAGACCUGGGUCUGUAAGGAAAUAGUUAUAUUUCCUUACAGACCCAGGUAGCUCAGCAGCUCUGUAUUCAGCAUUUGUCCAAUAUCUUGAGGCCAAACCUGUCACUUUAAAUUCAUCAUGUACUUCAUAUUUUCUUAAUUAUGUUUUAUUCUGAUUGUAAAGAUUCUUGGACCUCUUUCUUGUACCUUUCUCUAAACUUUGUUUUUUGUCCCUGAUGAGUUUUAAGAAAUAUUAUCCAAGUAUCUUUAUUGUUAUUUUUCGUUUUGACUCAUCAUGCAAGAAAUUAACAGCAUCAUCAACCAAAACCCUGAUGAGAGGGAAUGUUAGUCUGAAAGCAUCAAAGCAGAUGCUGAUAAGUUCACUCUGACUCAUUUCCUGUGAACCAGGUAUUCAUUAUAUUUUGUCACUAGCCUGUUUUUAAAGUGUGUCACCUUCUUGGUUAUGCAGUCAUGCUGUACACUUUUCUUUUCCUUUUUUUUUUUUUUUUUUUUUUUGUACCGAUAGCGAACAA